AUGGCCGACGAGGCCCCGUCUCGAGAAGCGAUGACGCACCUGGCGGAAUAUGCAGCCCCGCCUGAGGACGCCUUAGCACCCGAUGGCCAGGGCGAGACAAUCGAGGAGCGAUGCUUCUCGGCCGCUCUCAUUUGCCUGGAGGGUCACUACACUCAGUCUCCGCCCAUGGGCCCUUUGACGGCCGCUCGAGUCAACUCGAUGAUCUCAAAGACCCUCGAGAAGACACACACACUUCGCGCUGCUCGCGAAGCCCUAUCGCGCAACGUCGCAAUAUGGAUAUGGCUCACGAGAAUUUUUGCUGCCGCAAUCCCAAGCCUGACUACUAGAUCUGUCGGCCCGCUUUCGAGCUUGAAUGAUCCAGACAAGGGCGCCACCCCCCAGGAGAGCACAGCUCUGAUCGUCAUGAACCAUGCUUCCGUCAAGGAGGACCUGGGCACACUCAUCAAGCUCAUGCACAUUGCCAGGAACUUGCUAGUGAACGCAGAGCCCGAGGUCCCGCAAGACAUUUGUGCCGCCGUGCACUUCGAUCAGAUGGUCUAUCAGACCAUCAUCCUCUGCGUCAACGUCACGAGCAAGGGCUACGAUGGCGAGAUCCUAGACGAGGCUCAGCGGCUGAAGCUAGCCGACAUUACCGAACUUUACAGGAAGCUGCUAGUGACCUCGCUGCAGCAAGCGCACAACUGGACUGCCAAGCACGACCGCAACAAAAUGUCCUUUUGGUUCGACGUGCUCUUUGAUGACGACGAUGGUGGUUACUCGGGACCCGAUGAGGGCAUGGGCGAUGGUUCAGGGUUCCGACCAGAAGUGGCCAAGCAGCAAGUCCAGCAUUGGCUGGAUCGCAACUCUAGAAUGUGCGAUACGGCCCGCCAGCUUCUCAAAGACUAUGCCCAGAACCACGCCCACAAGCCCCCGGGAAAUUUGGCGCCUAUUCGCCCGUUGGCCUGGAACUGGAUGCCCGAUGACUCUAUCAACUUGCCAGCCUCUGUCAGCGACGGCGCAGAGAAGAUUAACCCCGUUUGGAAGCCGGAUGAAACGGAUAAAUUUGAGCAGGACCGGGCGUACGGCCGGGUCUCAAGAGAGAUCGACACUUGGUGGCUGCGUGCCCGAGAUCCCAACUACGAAGAAUGGGUUGUGGGCAUGCCCUCUGUGGAGUUUGCACAGUCCCGAACCGAGCAAUGCAAGUCCAACAUUGUCCACCGCUAUGCUCAUUCUUACCGGGGCGAUCAUUCACCGCCUCCGGAGGCGGCCGAUGAGGAUUUGUUGGACCAUGACCAUUGUCAUUGCCCGGAAUGCCACGGGUGCCAUCACGACGACCACGACCAUGGGGAGGAGCAUGACCACGAUACCCAAGAACAUGACAUUGAAUGUGAGCACCACCAUCACCACCACCACCACCACCAUCAUGACCACGAUCACGAUCACGACCACGAUCACGACCACGAUCACGACCACGACUAUGCGCAUGACUAUGUCGAAGACAUGAUGGAUGACGACGAAGCCGACGAUGACGUCUCCUACGGAGAGGGGCCGUUGACAGGCUUGUUGACCGAAGUCCCGAACAUCCUGGAUCCGAAGCAGAUUGAAGCCCUUCACAUGAUUGUCAAGUCCUGUAUCCUCGACAACGCGGGAUCGGGCCUGACACGCGCAGGAGAAAAUUUGCAAAAGACGCGCUGCCGAAUGUUCCUGGCACUCGACUGCGGAAAGAGUCUACUACGAGAGUUGCUCGUUUUCAUUGCCGUCUGGGACAAAGAUGAGCAGUCAUUGAUUUUUCAGGUCACUACCCAAAUCAUCGAGGCGCUUCAUCACAGCGCUUUGAUUCCCUACGCCUGGAACUCCCUGCGGAUACCCAAGGAUAUCAUAUCUCCGGCCCAGACCGUCCUGUUGCGCUUGGUCAAUCACAUGUUUCGGGCCAGGAGCAGCAACCCCACGAGUCAGGAGCCCAAGGACAAUACUAGGGAUAUUAAAUUGCUGCAUUUCUUCUUCAGUUUCUUCCGCAGCCGCAUCGUCCCCGAAUGCGCGGCCUUGAUGCACUUGCAAGCCCAGAUUCGGGAACAAAACAUUGACCCGGCGGAGUUUCCCGUUGACAGCUGGGACAUGGAGAGAGCGAAAGACGGAUUGACACAGUACUUGGACUUCUUGACGACCGUUGCUGAGAUGGCCGAUACUAGGGCCAAGCUGAUAGAAUGGGAGUCGGUCUACGACCUCAUCACCAUUUUGAGUGGCCUCGAGGCGGGCGUGCAGAAGAAGGCGCUCAUUGAAUUGCCCAAGCGGGCUACGAAAACCGAUUCGAGCAAUCCGAUGGUCGAGCGCCCGUACUCGGCCGCAGACGAUAGCAUACCCCCUUCACCGCCCCCACCACCGCUGCAGGAGCCGGCCCAUAAGUUUCCUUGGUCGGGCGUCAAGGGCCAGAUCUUUACCAUCAUCGCCAGUCUCCUGCAGCCGCCGACAGGACAGAGUAGCCCAGGCAACUCGCAGGUCCAGAUGCAGAUGGUCAACUACAAUGGCAUCGUGCCUCUGCUGAACUGCUGCGCAUAUGAUGAUCACAAUCCGUAUGCAAAGGAGCGCGUCACGAUUUGUCUGAAAUGGCUCCUGGAUGGAUGCGAGGCCGCUAACAACUUCUUUCGAGAGCUCGUAAGCCUUGCGCCGCAGCCCAACCUCAAGCCCCCACCAGGUGGCACAACAGUGUCAACUAUUCGAGUUGAUGGGAUCCAGGGUGAGGUGAAAGUUCAGGUGCGGUCGAACACGGCUCCACCUUUGGAAGACUUAUCGUCGAGAAACGCCGGCGGCUCCAAGGACCCGAAUGCAGACCUUUUGGAUCGCGCGGCUUCGCUCAGUCUCGGUGCCCCACCGGCUACGUCGAGAAGCACACUUGAGGAUGAUUUCAUGGCAUAA